AUGGGAAAUAAGUCCUCAUCCUCCGGAUCCUCCGCAUCCAAGGAGAAGAGUUUGACAACGAAUUCGGCCUUCGUGUUCAUCAAGCCUCAUGCUGUGACAAAAAAAGUGAAGGCACUGGCCAAAGCUGGUCUUCAGAAACAUGGUAUCCGAGUCCUGCGUGAAGGCAGCCUGAGAGGAGACAAAAUCGAUCAGAAGAAGUUAAUUGAUCAGCACUACUUUGCCAUCGCAUCCAAAGCUACGAUGCAGAAGCCUGAUCAGCUCAAUGUUCCCGCCGACAAGUUCCAGGCACAGUUUGGCGUGUCAUGGGAGGAGGCAUUGAAGUCGGGCAAGGUGUUCAAUGCAAUGGAUGGUUGCCAGCAUCUGGGAAUCGACGCGCAACAGUUAAAUAUCGCUUGGUCGAAGGCAAAAGCUGCAAAGAAGCUGAUCAAGUUUGGUGGCGGCUUCUACUGCGGGCUCGUCGAGGUUGAGGGCAAAGAGCCAGUUUACAUCUUCAAUGGUUUCUUCAUGGCAAUGCGAUCGAAAUUUACGGCACCGAGUGCAGAGAUCUACUAUUAUCUGGUCGAGUGGGACGCGAAAGCCCUGUCCUGGGCCGACUUCCGUGGCAAGGUACUUGGGCCAACGGACCCAGCAGAGGCACCAGCAGAGUCUCUGCGGGGCCAGAUACUGUCGAAGUGGGAGGAGCUGGGCCUAAAAGAGAAGCCCAACGUAGGCGACAACGGCAUGCACGCCUCAGCUUCUCCUUUCGAGGGGUUCGCCGAGCGAAACAACUGGCUCGAGAUUCCCGUCAAAGACGAUCCAUUCGGCGCGCGCUUGUUGCAGCGGGGUUUUUCAGAAUCUCUGAUCCGAGCUUGGUCGGUGGAUCCGCAAGUCAAUAUUGCGCCGGGGAAGCAAGGCUCAGUAUUCGAUCAGCUUGAAGAUCUAGACACAGCAGCCUGUUUGGAGAAGUUGCUGGAGCUGAAGGAUCGAAACUUGAUGAACGCUGCGUUCGUUUUCAUCAAGCCACAUGCAAUGACCGAGAAAGUUAAGGAGCUGGCCAAGACCGGGCUGCAGAAGCAGGGCAUCAAGAUUCUGAAGGAAGGAUCUCUCAAAGCUGAAACCAUCGACCAGAAGAAGCUCAUCGACCAGCACUACUAUGCCAUCGCAUCGAAGGCCACGAUUCUGAAGCCCGAUCAGCUGAAUGUACCCGCCGACAAGUUCCAGGAACAGUUUGGCGUAUCAUGGGAAGAGGCAUUGAAGUCGGGCAAGGUGUUCAAUGCAAUGGAUGGUUGCCAGCACCUGGGAAUCGAUGCAGGCGAGAUGGAUGCUGCUUGGUCGCAGGCAAAAGCUGCAAAGAAGCUGAUCAAGUUUGGUGGCGGCUUCUACUGCGGGCUCGUCGAGGUUGAGGGCAAAGAGCCAGUUUACAUCUUCAAUGGUUUCUUCAUGGCAAUGCGCUCCAAAUUCACAAAGCCAGGGUCCUCGAUUUACUACUUCUCUGUUGAGUGGGACGCGAAUGCCCUGUCCUGGGCCGACUUCCGUGGCAAGGUACUUGGGCCCACGGACCCAGCAGAGGCACCAGCAGAGUCUCUGCGGGGCCAGAUACUGUCGAAGUGGGAGGAGCUGGGCCUAAAAGAGAAGCCCAACGUAGGCGACAACGGCAUGCACGCCUCAGCUUCUCCUUUCGAGGGGUUCGCCGAGCGAAACAACUGGCUCGAGAUUCCCGUCAAAGACGAUCCAUUCGGCGCGCGCUUGUUGCAGCGGGGUUUUUCAGAAUCUCUGAUCCGAGCUUGGUCGGUGGAUCCGCAAGUCAAUAUUGCGCCGGGAAAGCAAGGCUCAGUAUUCGAUCAGCUUGAAGAUCUAGACACAGCAGCCUGUUCGGAGAAGUUGCUGGAGCUGAAGGAUCGAAACUUGAUGAACGCUGCGUUCGUUUUCAUCAAGCCACAUGCAAUGACCGAGAAAGUUAAGGAGCUGGCCAAGACCGGGCUGCAGAAGCAGGGCAUCAAGAUUCUGAAGGAAGGAUCUCUCAAAGCUGGAACCAUCGACCAGAAGAAGCUCAUCGACCAGCACUACUAUGCCAUCGCAUCGAAGGCCACGAUUCUGAAGCCCGAUCAGCUGAAUGUACCCGCCGACAAGUUCCAGGAACAGUUUGGCGUAUCAUGGGAAGAGGCAUUGAAGUCGGGCAAGGUGUUCAAUGCAAUGGAUGGUUGCCAGCACCUGGGAAUCGAUGCAGGCGAGAUGGAUGCUGCUUGGUCGCAGGCAAAAGCUGCAAAGAAGCUGAUCAAGUUUGGUGGCGGCUUCUACUGCGGGCUCGUCGAGGUUGAGGGCAAAGAGCCAGUUUACAUCUUCAAUGGUUUCUUCAUGGCAAUGCGCUCCAAAUUCACAAAGCCAGGGUCCUCGAUUUACUACUUCUCUGUUGAGUGGGACGCGAAUGCCCUGUCCUGGGCCGACUUCCGUGGCAAGGUACUUGGGCCCACGGACCCAGCAGAGGCACCAGCAGAGUCUCUGCGGGGCCAGAUACUGUCGAAGUGGGAGGAGCUGGGCCUAAAAGAGAAGCCCAACGUAGGCGACAACGGCAUGCACGCCUCAGCUUCUCCUUUCGAGGGGUUCGCCGAGCGAAACAACUGGCUCGAGAUUCCCGUCAAAGACGAUCCAUUCGGCGCGCGCUUGUUGCAGCGGGGUUUUUCAGAAUCUCUGAUCCGAGCUUGGUCGGUGGAUCCGCAAGUCAAUAUUGCGCCGGGGAAGCAAGGCUCAGUAUUCGAUCAGCUUGAAGAUCUAGACACAGCAGCCUGUUUGGAGAAGUUGCUGGAGCUGAAGGAUCGAAACUUGAUGAACGCUGCGUUCGUUUUCAUCAAGCCACAUGCAAUGACCGAGAAAGUUAAGGAGCUGGCCAAGACCGGGCUGCAGAAGCAGGGCAUCAAGAUUCUGAAGGAAGGAUCUCUCAAAGCUGAAACCAUCGACCAGAAGAAGCUCAUCGACCAGCACUACUAUGCCAUCGCAUCGAAGGCCACGAUUCUGAAGCCCGAUCAGCUGAAUGUACCCGCCGACAAGUUCCAGGAACAGUUUGGCGUAUCAUGGGAAGAGGCAUUGAAGUCGGGCAAGGUGUUCAAUGCAAUGGAUGGUUGCCAGCACCUGGGAAUCGAUGCAGGCGAGAUGGAUGCUGCUUGGUCGCAGGCAAAAGCUGCAAAGAAGCUGAUCAAGUUUGGUGGCGGCUUCUACUGCGGGCUCGUCGAGGUUGAGGGCAAAGAGCCAGUUUACAUCUUCAAUGGUUUCUUCAUGGCAAUGCGCUCCAAAUUCACAAAGCCAGGGUCCUCGAUUUACUACUUCUCUGUUGAGUGGGACGCGAAUGCCCUGUCCUGGGCCGACUUCCGUGGCAAGGUACUUGGGCCCACGGACCCAGCAGAGGCACCAGCAGAGUCUCUGCGGGGCCAGAUACUGUCGAAGUGGGAGGAGCUGGGCCUAAAAGAGAAGCCCAACGUAGGCGACAACGGCAUGCACGCCUCAGCUUCUCCUUUCGAGGGGUUCGCCGAGCGAAACAACUGGCUGAGUCUGUCGGUGCAAGACGACAGCUUUGGUGCCAGAUGCUCGGAGAGAUUUUGCUGCCGUCGCUUUUGCUUCCCCGGCUCACCUCUGUGCACACGCGACGAGCGACGGACCGAGGCCGAGAUGCUGAAGCUCAUGGCUGAAGGCCAGAUCAAGGACUGGUCUGUGGAUCCGCAGAUCCAAAUUGGCGACGGAAAGCAGGGCUCCGUCUUCGAUCAGCUUGAGGACUUGAAUGUAAUGGAUUGUCUCGCCAAGGUGGCAGAGCUCGCAGCAUUGAACCACCAGCCUUAA